GUUAAAAGUGCUCUUCUGUUGGGAAGUUGUUUUCCGUUUACUGUCGUUUGUGUUAGCAUUGGAGCCGCGGUUUCUAAUAGACAACACAUUGAUUACCAAAUAAUUGUUUGAUUUUGGAUUAAACAACAACAACGAUGGCCGAAGAUCCCGAUCCAUCACAGUAUCUGAUCGUUUCUCUGGAGAUGAAGAGAAAGGAUCAGACGAAGCCAUACGAUGGCAAGAAAAUGGUGUGGGUUCCCGAUGAGAAGGAAUGCUAUUUGUUGGGUAACAUCGAGAGCACUAAAGGCGAUAUGGUUACUGUCGAUUGUGGCAAAGGAGAACAGCGAACAAUGAAGAAAGACCUAGUUCAACAAGUUAAUCCACCUAAGUUUGAGAAAUGUGAUGAUAUGGCAUCUCUCACAUACCUCAACGACGCCAGUGUUUUGCAUAAUCUCAAAGAGAGAUACUAUAAUCAUAUGAUUUAUAAAACGUUGAAAAAGGACCUGUGUCAACAGGUUAAUCCACCCAAGUAUGAGAAGGCUACAGAUAUGUCUAAUUUGACCUAUCUCAAUGAUGCCUCUGUUCUCUACAAUUUGAAAGCGCGUUAUGAGAAUCAACUCAUUUAUACAUAUUCUGGACUGUUUUGUGUGGUAAUCAAUCCAUACAAACGAUUCCCGAUUUACACCAAUAGAGUGGUACAGAUGUACAGAGGAAAGAGGAAGACUGAAGUACCGCCACAUCUGUUCGCCAUCUCUGACGGCGCGUACACCGAGAUGUUGACGAAUCGAGAGAAUCAGUCCAUGUUGAUCACCGGUGAGUCCGGUGCCGGUAAAACUGAGAAUACAAAGAAAGUAAUUGCUUACUUCGCUAAUGUUGGUAAGAGUACGAAAGUCGAUCCUAAAGCGGAUCCUAAGAAGGGUAAUUUAGAGGAUCAGGUCGUACAGACCAAUCCAGUACUUGAGGCUUUUGGUAACGCAAAAACAGUGCGUAAUGACAACUCUUCCCGAUUCGGUAAAUUCAUCCGGAUCCAUUUCGGCCCGAUGGGCAAAUUGGCCGGCGCUGACAUUGAGACCUAUCUUCUGGAGAAGGCUAGAGUCAUAUCACAACAGACUCUGGAGAGAUCGUACCAUAUCUUCUACCAAAUCAUGUCAGGCUCUGUCCCCGGAGUUAAGGAGGAAUGUGUUCUCUCUAAUGAGAUAUUAGACUACAAUUUCGUAUCUCAGGGUAAGACCACAAUUCCCGGUGUUGAUGACGCCCAGGAGUUUAAAGAUACUGACAAUAUUCUGAUAACCCUUCCCAAUAUAGAGAUAUGUCUGCUGUCUAACAACGUGUUAGAUUACAAUUUCGUAUCUCAGGGUAAGACUGAGAUACCGUCUGUCGAUGACGCCCAGGAGUUUAGAGACACGGAUGAGCUAUUGCUCACAAAAGACAUCAAAUUCUACCACUUUAUAUCUCAGGGUAGAACUGAGAUUGAAGGGGUCAGUGAUGGCGAUGAGUUCAGAAUUACCAACAACGCUUUCGAUGUAUUGGGUUUCACUGAAGAGGAGAAACACAACGUAUAUAAGAUAACAGCCUCUGUUAUGCACAUCGGAACCAUGAAAUUCAAACAAAGGCCGCGAGAGGAACAGUGCGAACCCGACGGCACCGAAGAAGGCGAACGCGUCGCCCAUUUGCUUGGCGUUAACGCCUCCGAUCUGUACAAGAAUUUCUGUAAACCCAGGAUAAAGGUCGGCACAGAAAUGGUCACUCAGGGUAAGAGCAAGGAUCAGGUCUCCUACUCUAUCGGCGCUAUGGCUAAGGCUAUGUUCGACCGAUGCUUCAAAUGGAUGGUCAAGAAAUGUAACGAAACUCUCGACACCAAACAGAAGAGACAGUACUUUAUUGGUGUACUCGAUAUCGCAGGCUUUGAGAUCUUCGACUUGAAUAGUUUUGAACAACUUUGCAUCAACUUUACUAACGAAAAGUUGCAACAAUUUUUCAAUCACCACAUGUUUGUACUCGAACAAGAAGAGUACAAACGGGAGGGCAUUGCAUGGGAUUUCAUUGAUUUCGGGAUGGAUUUGGCCGCUUGUAUUGAACUAAUUGAAAGA